AUCAACCAAGCUUGUGUGCUAGGUCAGCCUAAAAAACCAGAACUCUUAGUUCAUGGCUGCCUGAGACCCAGAGAGGGACAAGUACAGACAGGGCCAGCCGUGGCACAGUAACUGUCCUGCAGAAAGCUCGCUGCUGGCCUGCAGCUUCGCAUUGCUUGGGCAUGACAAUCCCACACUCCUGGGAGAAACUUGUCAGGAUGAAAGACUCGUCCUGGCAGCCUCUGGAGGAAUUCUGCGGGAGGCGUUUCCCUGCAGUCGGGCGUAGCGGGUGCUUCCUUCCAUGGUUCUCCCAUGUCCUCUACCCCAUUUUCCUGAUGCAGGCACUCUUUCUGGAAUUAGGGGAGAGUCUUUGUCCCAGUGACCCAGUACUGGAGGGUUAAAUGUGAAUGGGUGAACGCUCUGCUGGCAGGCUCCGGCUUGGCCCUGUGCACCUUCCUUAAGGCUAUCACUGUGUCGGGAGGGGAUGCGGGGUGUAAUUUCCCGUUCUGUUGGAGAUGGAGCUGGGGAUGGGGUAGUGCUGGAGGGAAAAGGGCCAGCGCCGGGACUCGAACCCGGGACCCGCACGCCGAGCCCAGGUUCCGGGGUUCGAGUCCCGGCGUAUGGAGGAGUUGCGCGUCCCUCCGACCGCCAGGGGGCGCCGUGGUGGUGGCGGCCGUUCCGCACCCGGAACGCGACGCUCGGGGUCCCGCGGUGACCCGGACCCAGCGCCGAGGGCACGGGCGGCGGCAGGCGGCGAGAGGCCUACCGUCAACAGAAGGAGAAGGAAAUGAGCCAACAUGUCUGAGGGCAGCAAGGGGAGCUUGCUGGCCUUCGGCCAGGUGGUAAUCGGGCCUCCGGGCUCCGGGAAGACGACCUACUGCCACGGCAUGCAGGAGUUCAUGGGCAGGAUCGGGCGCAAGGUGACGGUGGUGAACCUGGACCCUGCCAACGAGGCGAUGCCCUACCAGUGUGGCGUGGACAUUGCCGAGCUCAUCACCCUGCCCGAUGUCAUGGAGAACUUGAAGCUGGGGCCCAAUGGCGGGUUGAUCUACUGCAUGGAGUACCUGGAAGCCAACUUCGACUGGCUGCAGGAGAAGCUGGCCGCAUUCAGGGGUCACUACUACUUGUUCGACUGCCCAGGGCAGGUGGAGCUCUACACCCACCAUGAGGCCCUGAAGAAUGUCUUUGCGCAGUUGGCCAAGUGGAAUUUCAGGCUGGCUGCGGUGCAUUUGGUGGAUUCUCACUACUGCACGGACCCUGGCAAGUUCAUCUCUGUUCUCUGCACCUCGCUCUCCACCAUGCUGCACGUGGAACUGCCCCAUGUCAACGUCCUCUCCAAGAUGGACCUGAUCGAGCAAUACGGCAAGCUGGCUUUCAACCUGGAUUAUUACACAGAGGUCCUGGACCUCUCUUACUUGGUUGACCAUUUAGCUUCCGACCCCUUCUUCAGAAAUUAUCGCCGCCUCAAUGAGAAGCUGGUGGAGGUGAUCGAGGACUACAGCCUGGUGUCCUUCGUUCCGCUCAACGUCCAGGAUAAGGAGAGCAUGCGGCAGGUGAUGCAGGCGGUGGACAAAGCCAAUGGCUAUUCCUUCGGAGACCAGGAGCACAGGAGUCUGGAAGCCCUGAUGUCGGCGGCAGUGGGAGCCGAUUUCCACUUUACUUCCACACUUGCAGUGCAGGAGAAGUAUGUGCAAUCUCAGGACAAAGCCCUGGAAGAAGAAGUGAUGGAUCUGUAACACACCCACAUCUUCCACAGCUGCUCUCAGUUUUGACUCCUCUCCUUUUCCUAUCAGGAGCUUAAGGGAUCUCUGCAUCGUGUGAAAGCCUUUCCAGGCAGGGGUCUGGCUGCAGGACCCCUCUCUGCAAGCGUUUGACCUCUCGUGCUUCAGCCCCGCUGCGCAGAGCAGGGUUUUUGCAGAAAGGCGGUGGCUGAGUGCAAGGCAAGCUGGGUCUUUGCUUAGGAACAAGAGAGAUGGAGCCAGGUGAAGGCAUGGUUAGCAAGAGAGGAGAAGCAAGGUAAAGGAGGCUGACCUUUGCCAAGGCUCCUCCUCCUCAUCAUGACCAAGGUGAAGCCAGAGAAAGAAAAGUCAGUUUGAGCCAUGAGACUUGAGACAAAAGUUCUUGGUUUACUGCACAGGAGGAGUGUGCCUGGGCCUCGUACUCGGAGGAAUAUUCAGGCUAAGAAGCCUCCGAUCUGUCUCAAGGACAGAAAGAUGGUUGUUUUUCUUUUUUUUUUUUUUUCUUAAAUAAUGAUGGACUCUUUCUUAAUAAAACACUGCUUCGUCUUGCUUUCAUCUUGUGAGUUUGCUGAACCUGAAUAAAUAAAACCAAGAGUGCUACAAAGCCCAAGGCUAAAAAGCCUCUGGUGGGAACGUCA